AUGACGUCAAAGUGCGUAGCCGCAGCUGCGGCCUUUCUGCUGUUCAACAUGGCCGCCGUCGUCACAGCCCGGCCCCAAGCAGGUUCUGAGCAAAAGUGCCAGUCGGGCCCGGUGGACCUGGUGUUCCUGAUCGACGGCUCGCGAAGCGUGCGGCCGCACGAGUUUGAGAGCAUGCGGAAGUUCAUGAUUGAUAUCUUGGACACGCUAGACGUGGGACUCAAUGCCACCCGAGUGGGCGUGGUCCAGUACUCUAGUCAGGUCCGCAGCGAGUUCUCCUUGAACUCCUACGACAGCAUGUCCAACAUGGUAGACGCCAUCCAGCGGAUGGUCCCGCUGGCCCAGGGGACCAUGACGGGUCUGGCCAUCCGCUACAUCAUCAACGAGGCCUUCAGUGAGCCGCGUGGUGACAGGAGCAAGGUGCCCAACGUGGCAGUGAUUGUGACGGACGGCCGCCCCCAAGACCGCGUGGCGGAGGUGGCGGCCGAAGCUCGCGGCAAGGGCGUGGAGAUUUUCGCAGUGGGCGUGGCCCGUGCCGACAUGGCCUCCCUCAGGGCCAUGGCAUCGCCACCCUUCGAAGACCAUGUCUUCCUGGUGGAGACCUUUGACCUCAUCCACCAGUUCGGACUGCAGUUCCAGGAUAAACUUUGCGGUGUGGAUUUGUGCGUGGAGUCCGAACAUGGCUGUGAGCACAUUUGCGAAAGUUCUCCGGGUUCCUUCCGCUGCCUGUGCCUGCCCGGAUACUCGCUCAACAACGAUGGCAAAACCUGCACAGCUAUCGACUUGUGCGCCGAAGGCAAACAUGACUGCCAGCAGAUCUGCGUGAGUUCUCCCGGCGUCUUCUCGUGCGACUGCGAACCGGGCUUCACGCUCAACCCCGACAACAAGACGUGCACAAUGUUGGACUUUUGCGCAUUUGGUAAUCACACGUGCGAGCACCAGUGUGUCAGCGUGCUGAACGGAUUCCACUGUGCUUGCCAAGACGGAUACCUGCUGAUGGAGGACGGUGCUGCAUGCCGCCCUAUCGACUUGUGUGCCGAGGGCAAGCACGACUGCCAGCAGAUCUGCGUGAGUUCCCCCGGCGUCUUCACAUGUGACUGCGAACCGGGCUUCGCGCUUAACCAUGACAACAAGACGUGCGCGCCCAUCGACUUGUGCGUCCAAGGCAGGCACGACUGCCAGCAGAUCUGCGUGAGUUCUCCCGGCGUCUUCACAUGCGACUGCGAACCGGGCUUUGCGCUCAACCCCGAUAACAAGACUUGCACCGCCUCAGACUUGUGCAACUCACUGGAUCACGGAUGCGAGCACCGCUGCGUGAGCGUGCCAGGCUCGUAUUACUGCGCCUGCCCGGAAGGACAAACGCUGCGGGAGGACGGCAAGAGAUGCGGGACGUGCAAGUUGUCCGUCAUCGACCUGGUCCUGCUGAUCGACGGCUCCAAGAGCGUCCGCCCACGCAACUUUCAACUGGUCAAGAAGUUCGUCAAUGAGGUGGUGGACACCCUGGACGUGUCGGAGCACGGAACCCGCGUGGGCCUGGUGCAGUACUCCAGUCGGGUCAGGACCGAGUUCACCCUGGACCGCUACCACAAUGCUGAUGACGUCAAAGCCGCUGUCAUGAAGAUGGAGUACAUGGAGAAGGGCACCAUGACGGGCCUGGCCCUGAGCCACAUGCUGGAGCGCAGCUUCUCGGAGGCGGAGGGAGCGCGACCGCUCUCCCGCGGGAUUCCCAGGAUCGGCCUGGUCUUCACCGACGGACGCUCGCAGGAUGAUGUCGCCGAGAUCGCCGCGCAGGCCAAACAAGCCGGUAUUACCAUGUACGCGGUGGGCGUGGGCAAGGCCUUAGAGGUGGAGCUCAGGCAGAUAGCCUCGGAGCCUGCUGAGAAACAUUUUUUCUACGCCUCCGACUUCAGCGCCAUCGGAGCCAUCGCGCUCAACCUGAAGCUCAACGUGUGUCCCGAGGAAAGCCAAGGCGAGAUCGAGAUGAAGGAUCCGUGCGCCUGCGAGAACUUGGUGGAGUUUCAGCAAGCCACCCUUAGCGACCUGGAGCAUGUUACACAAUCGCUGACGGCGAUGAGCGUCCGACUGGAGCGGCUGGAACAGCAGCUGCUGGACAGGAAGUGA